CCCGACGCCUUGGUGGGUCCGGGGAUACCCCGCCACGCUCGCCAAAUCAACACGCUCAGCCACGGCGAGGUGGUGUGCGCCGUCACCAUCUCCAACCCCACCAAGUACGUCUAUACGGGGGGCAAGGGGUGCGUCAAGGUGUGGGAUAUCAGCCAGCCGGGGUCGAAGAGUCCGGUGUCGCAGCUGGAUUGUCUGCAACGCGACAACUACAUAAGGUCGGUGAAGUUGCUGCCCGACGGGCGGACGUUGAUCGUGGGCGGCGAAGCCAGCAACCUGUCGAUUUGGGAUCUGGCCAGCCCCACGCCCAGGAUCAAGGCGGAGCUGACGUCGUCUGCGCCCGCGUGCUACGCCCUGGCAAUCAGCCCGGAUUCCAAAGUGUGCUUCAGCUGUUGCUCGGACGGUAACAUCGCCGUCUGGGAUCUGCACAACCAAACUUUGGUCCGACAAUUCCAAGGCCACACAGAU